AUGAUCAAGUUAGAAACGACAGUUAGCGAGCACACAACAACUUCUCCUGUUCGAGUCAUACCGGUAACAAUUUUAUCUGGAUUUUUAGGUGCUGGGAAAACGACCUUAUUACAAUACAUUUUAUCCGUCCAUCAUGGUAAACGUAUUGCAAUAAUUGAGAAUGAAUUUGGUGAAGAGAUUGGGGUCGAGAGUCUCGUGGCAAAGAACGGUCUGGAUGGAGAGAUUCUGGAUGGGUUCUACGAGUUAAGCAAUGGCUGUAUCUGCUGUUCAAUACGUAAUGAUUUAGUAAAUACAUUGGAAAAACUCGUGGAACGUCGUGAUCGGUUUGAUUAUAUUCUAGUUGAGACAACAGGAAUGGCCGAUCCAGGAAAAGUUGCGAGUCUUUUUUGGAUGGAUAAUGAAUUAGAAGGAAGAAUUGUAUUGGAUGGGAUUGUUACACUUGUGGAUGCACGACGGAUUCUGUAUCACUUGACUCGAUUAGAGACACAAGUCGAAGCAGAGGCACAAUUGGCCUAUGCGGAUCGCAUUCUAUUGAAUAAACGAGAUUUAGUAGACGAUGAAGAAACAAGACUAGAGAUUGAAGAGAGAAUUCAAAGGAUCAAUGGUAUUGCUAGUCUCAAGUGGACUGAAAGAUCAAGGGUAGAUCUGGAUGAGAUUCUGAAUAUUCAGAGCUUUACGACAAAUCGAGCCAAGCAGGUGGAAGCGGAAUUGCAAAUGUUGCGCCAGAAAAACAAAAACAAGGACGAACGUGAUUACGAUGAGUGCAAGGACGAACAGUCAAGUGUUUCCACGCACACAGGUGGUAUGCAGACCACUUGUGUAAGGAUUAAAGAUGGAGCACUGAAUCAAGAUAAACUCGAGAGGUGGCUUGGGGAAUUGCUCUGGGAUGAAGAUGUAGGUGGGAAGACUGAGCCGGGCUGUGAUGUGGCCACACGUCAAAAGAUUUUUCGCGUAAAGGGUGUGCUUGCCAUUGCAGGUGAACCCUACAAAUUCAUAUUGCAAGCUGUGCACGAGCUGUUUGAGGUGUACCCGUCUGAAGAACGCUGGCCACAAAGUGAGUUGAACGGUACAGAGACUUGUGUGACGCAAGUGGUUUUCAUCGGCCUUCACCUUCGUAAGAACGAGCUUCAGGCUGGUCUGCAGAGGUGCCUUAUGAGCGAGAGGUAG